GACCGCAGUUGUGGGUGUUCGGAGAUCCCCGUGCAAUUUAUCCACUCCCCCUCAACGCUGCGUUCCUGUAUGGCGGGGGGAAUCGUGAAUAACGCAGAAAGAAAAGAUGUUAUGCGGACCUGAAACAGUUGUCGUAGCAGAGAGAUGUGAGGCGGACUGAGGGGAAAAUUCCUGUCGGAGGUGAUGGCACCUGUUGGAGCUGCGCUGUGGAAUGCGGAUGGUGUGUGCGCUGUUGCCGUGGUGACUGCGGAUUCGGUGGGGUUGGGCUGGAGAGCAAGAGACAGCGAAGCGUGCCCCAUUCCGCACUGAGCGCGAUGAGGAGCGAGGCAGCGCUUUGGCAAUGAGGAAGUCGGGGCCCGGAGAGACCAUCAGCAAACUUCUGAGAAGGAAAAGUUCUCCCUCGCUUUAUGCGGUGACCCCGCCGCCAGGCCGGGCGAUCGCUGGCGCCGGGGGACCGGGGCCACCGGAUAACCUCAAUGAGAUCCUAGCAACUACAGUGUACAGUGAAGGAGCAAUAAGUUCGAUUAUGGACUCUGGAACAGCAAAAGUGAAACAGCGGCCGACUGUCAAGCUUGCUAUUCCUUUUCAAGAACGUCCAAAGCUUGCUGUGCCAACUCCGAAUCUGCCAGACCAGGCAUUGUUUCCUAAGAUUCCAAGAACAUCUAUAAUUACAGGCAGUGAUGUAAAAGUCAGCAACAACAGACCUAAUGUUGGAAACUAUGGACAGAAUAUCAGCAAGCUGGAAGAUGACUGGAUUCCACCACCUCCACCAAUGGCACCUCCACCACCCCCUCCGAUGGCACCCCCACCACCUCCACCACAAAAUAUUUAUCAAAACCCACAAAUGACCUAUUUUCCUUAUGAAGUGACUAUCCCACCACCUCCUCAGAUGGCCCCUCCUCCUCCACCAACACCACCACCUUCAAACAUGACAUCACAACAAAAACCUACCCAAAACUACCAACCUUCUGAAACAACGUUUUCUCCACCUCCUCUACCUCCAAAUAUGAUUCCCCCACUGCCUCCAACAAUGGCACUGCACCAAUCUUUCCCAAAGUCUGAUCAGUUCUCAAAAGCAUCUUCUCCAUCCGGCACGACAAGAUCUCCAGCACCUCCUCCCUUACUUCCACCUGAUGAUUAUUCUCUCAUAUCACCUCUGCAAAAUAAUGCUUCAAAAUACAACCAUAUUAAACAGCCUAAAAAAUCACCGCCAACUCCUCCACAAAGAGAUUUGAUGCAACAUAAUCAUUUUUCUCUCAAACCUGAAAGAGAUACGCUAUCUUCUUUCAAAUUCUUCCCUGCUGCUUCACAAAAAUCAGUUCCCAAUAGUCACUCUUUGUAUAUGGCAGAGUCUCCCGAAGUGAUUACACAGCCUCCAGUUGCAUCAACUUUCAAUCCGAAAGCAACAGCAAAGCUUUUUGGAUCUUCAGAACCAGUUAACAGAUCAGAAUAUGGGUUAAAUUCUGACCGGCAAAAUAAAGGCAAAUCCAUGAUAGUCAUGAAAGAUGCUGACCAGUAUCCAAUGGACCACACUGGUGAGAUUAAUCACACUGCUUCCAUGCACAUGAACACAAACGAAAGCACUGAGCAUCCAAGUAUGAAUAAGGUUCAAAUAGAUCAUUUUCCUCCUAAACCACAGAAGCCAGCUCGUAAGAACAAUCUAUUGCUACAACAAACUAAAUCAGUCCAAUACAAAGGAAUACAUUCAGGUUCCUCCAUAGACAAUUCCACAGCGGAUGAAAAAGAAAAGAACUGGGACAACAACAUGGAUUUUCGACAGAGCAGUUUAAAUCAAGCACAUGAUUCCACAAGCAAUCAAAAUUUGACCCAUUCUCCCAUUUCAAAUAUUGAUUCUGAAAUAGAAUAUGGGAACCACAGAGCAGGAGAGAGGACAAAAUCCAGAGAUUUUGAAAACCAGAGCACUUCGGAAAAUGUUACAUCAGACUUUCAAUCCUUGAAACCAGUUGAGAAACCAAUUACAAAUACAGUAGAGACACCAGAUUCUCCUCCAGAACAAACUUUCCCUAGUCCAGAGCAGAAUAUAGAUCCACGUUCACCAUUGGCACUUCUCAUGGCUGCAAAACAGCGAGAUUCUGGUAAAAUCAAAAGGGUUCACAAAACAGUUGCAGAAACAGCAAGCUUAUCCUUGGGAGGCACUCGGUUCAUUCAGUCAACAAAUUCAAAUACAAUCCACAUUGCACCAGUAGCUAAUUACAAGGAUCGUUCAUUGAUAGCACAUGCUGAAGAAGAUAGUUCAGCAUGGAACAAGCAUGGAAGUGAUCUCAUCAGUCCUCUGAACAGCACCAGAAAGAGUCUUGACUGGUCAAAAUCUUCACCCCACUCUGCAUCACAAGAAACUGCAGAACCAGAAGACUGUCAAAAAGAGGAUGACGUGUCUUUACUUCUGAUCCCACCUCCGCCAUGUUUUAGUGAUGAAGAGAAUGAAGAAGCCUCAUUUGAACUUCUGCCACCUCCACUUGAGUUUUCUAACCAUAACGAAAGUUAUUCAUCUCAACCAGAAAGAAGAGCAAAUGUUGAAUCUGGGAUUGACAAUCAUCCAUCUGCCAGUUCUGACAAGAAAGGGCUUCGUCUGGAGGAUCCUGACCAUUUUACUUUUAAUCACCAUAAAAACCCAAAUACUAAGAACACUUAUUCCAUUAGCAAAUUGCCAUUAAAUACAUUGUCACCUCCUGUCAAAACAAACACUAAUCAGCAAAAGCCAGUGAUUGCAGAAAAGCCCACAUUUAUGAAUAGCACUGUUGUGAAUGGGGGUCCUGGAAAAUAUCAGAAUUCAAAGCGAGUUUCAGAUUCUCAUUUAAUGCUUAAAACAUGUGGAAAAAAUAUACCCAAGAUGGAAGAGCAGCAGGCAGAAACGAUACCAUCAACAAACAAACUGGUAAUGAAGAAUAAAGUGAUUGAUGAAUUGCAGUCUAAAGUGCAAGCCUUAAGCGCAGACUAUUCUGAUGUCACAGCCAAAAGCUCACACAAUGCACAACAUUCACAAUCGUAUGGACGGACCUUCACUAUCCGGCCUGGUACAAAGCAACCAAUAACUGUGGUAUACCCUCCAACGACUAAAUGAAAAUCUGCACAAUUGGAGCCAAUAUGAUUUUCCACUGACUCCAAAUAUUGCAGGUAUCACCUAAUUAAUGUCAGAAGAUGAGGGGAGUCAAUAGCCUAGUGGCAUUAUCACUGGAUUGUUAAUCUAGAGACCCAGGUAGUGUUCUGGGAAUCUAGGUUUGAAUUGCGCCAUGAGAUUUGAAUUCAAUAAAUAUCUGGAAUUAAGAAUCUGCUGGUGACCCAUGAAUCUAUUGUCAAUCGUUGGGAAAAAAACAUCUGGUUAAUUAAUGUCCUCUUGGGACAGAAACUGCCAUCCUUACCUGGUCUGACGUACAUGUGACUCCAGACCCAAAGCAACGUGGUUGACUUUCAACUGCCAUCUGGGCAAUUAGGGCAAUAAAUGCUGGCCUAGCUAGUAAUGCCCUCAUCCCAUGAAUGAAUAAAAAUAAUCCUUCACACUGACUUCAAUAACAUUCCCCAAGGAGGUUUUUCAAAGCAUCCAAAUUCCACCCUGUUUAUUUAAGUAUAUCAGCACUUGGUGUGUACAUACGCUUUGCAUUUGUGACAUAUUCUGAAGAAGCCUUUUGCCAGCAAUAGCUUGUUUAUAUUGUCUGUACCUCUGUGUAAAACAUGGUAAAAAUGCUUUUAACAGGUAUGUCUUUUUGAACUAUCUGUCUGAAAGACAUCAUUUUUCUGCAUGUUGCAUAAUACAAAGACUCCCUCUGUAAUAUUGCAGCCUGGUUAACAGCACAUUAUCUUGUAACAUGCAGAUUAAACAAUAAGCUUACGCUACAGUAAUUGUAAUCACAGGAGUAUAAGGAUUUUUUUAACAUAACUGUGUACACAUUCUAUAAUCUUAAUCAAAAAUCUUAACCAAAUAAAAAGAAUGCCCUGUAAAAAUAUUUAUAUUUUUAAUUUUGAAUUAUUUUCCCAUCAAAUGUAUGUUAACAUGCAUUGUACAUUUCCUCCAUAGAGUAAAAAUUUAAACGUAUUUUGUACAAUUUAAUGAAUUACCGAUAUUUACGGCAUUUAUUAAUAGUCUGUGUUAUAAAUUGGAUGUAUUAGACAGUCUAUAUUAGCUAAAUCUGCCGAUACCAUCCGCAUGUAAUCUCUACAAUUGUAUAAGUUUAAAAAUCGCAAUGAAGACUUCUUUACCAAAUCAGGGAGGAGGAGUGGGGGAAAGGAUUGCCCUGUGUUUCUGUAUUUUCAUUUGUAUAGUGACUUCGACUUGAAAUGAAACUUUUUUUUAAGUGGUCUAUUUUGGACAAAGGUCAAAAUGUAAUCUAGUGUGAAUUUAAGUAAGAUUGUAUUGUAGGACUAUCCAUGUAUAAUAUUCAUUACCUCAAUGCUGCAUUUUCCUUCCUAUAAUAUAUAAAGCAACAUCUAUGAUAAAGAUGAUUUAUGUUGGUGGUUUUUCAACAGGAAAAGCUGAUGUUAAUACCUCAAGAAAUCAAUAAAUGUUAAUCUUGUAAAAA